AAGGGCUCUGGAGAGCCAUUGUCUCCCUGGCACGACAUCCCUCUGUUUGCCGAUGAGGGCAAUCGCAUCUACAAUAUGGUGGUGGAGAUCCCGCGCUGGACUAACGCUAAGAUGGAAAUCGCCACCAAAGAGCCCCUCAAUCCCGUCAAACAGGACAUCAAGAGUGAUAAACUGCGUUACGUUCGCAACUGUUUCCCUCAUAAGGGCUAUAUCUGGAACUACGGCGCUAUCCCCCAGACCUGGGAGGACCCGAAACACUUGGAUGAGGCCACGGGUUGUAAGGGAGACAACGACCCGAUCGAUGUGAUCGAAAUCGGCUCACGAGUGGCGCUCAGGGGAGAAGUGAUCCAAAUAAAGGUGUUGGGAGUGAUGGCGCUCAUCGACGAGGGGGAGACCGACUGGAAGGUGAUUGGGAUCGAUGUUCGGGACGCGUUGGCUGACCAACUGAACGACAUUCAAGACGUAGAGAUGCUGCUGCCGGGGCUCAUACGCGCCACUCACGAGUGGUUCAAGAUCUACAAAAUUCCCGACGGAAAGCCGCCCAAUGAGUUCGCAUUCAAUGGUGAGCCCAAGAAUCGGGAGUUCGCCGAGAAGACGAUCGCUGAGACACACAAAUACUGGAAAGAGUUGAUCGCCACGUCUUCGGCAGAAGAACUGGUCUUAAAGAACACUACUUUAAACAACUCCUCAAAGAUUGAUAAUCAGAAUGCAGUGGAAAUCAUAAAUCAAAGGCAAGAGUCGGCCAAAUCGGUGCCAAAGCCUAUCGACGAUCAGACGGCUAUUGAUAAAUGGUAUUACAUUACACUACCAUAA